UCUAGUUGCGUUGUAAGUACGUAUCAGUAGUGGUGGCGUUCGUAAGUAAGUGGAACGACGUUAAUAAAAAAUCUUGACGAAGUUGUUCAUAUUUUGCUGUUUGUACCGACCUGUCUACAAGGUCGUUUGCCAGCAGGAACAAAUGAACAGUUUGAAUUAACCACUCCUGGUUCGAUACUGCAAUAAUUGGCAGCCUUCUGGAAUUCUUGCCUUACAUACUGGUGUGACCUGUGAAAAGGCGUAACGUCCCACGGUAAGGAGGAACCAAGCACAAAGGCGACAUGAUCACCAGGAAAAGAGCGCGAAUCGGACCCAAAUCUGAACCCGAACCCGAGGCCACCAGCUGUCCGGUUGAUGUCGACGCCAGUGAAUUGAUUGAAGUUUCUGAUUAUGUGCAGUCAUCUCCAGAACAACGGUUCUCGCCAGAAAGCGAAGAGAGUCCUGACUUGGACCUUGACGAUUUUUUCAGUGUGGACGAUUUCAAUUGGCAACUGGAUAAGGAUACCCUGUCCUCAUUACUCGACUUGGGGGAGAGUGAAUUGCCGGGUCUUUCAAGUCCUACGCUGAAGGGAAACAAGAGCGAUUCCGUACCCGGGAUGGGGAGAGCCGAUGGGGUGCGCUCAUUAAUAUCGCAUGACGGGGGUGUCGUACAGAAACCGGGGUGUAAGAAUACCGUACCUGGGCGGAUCAACAAGAAUGCCAUUGCAGCGAGGCUGAAUCGUUUGAAGAAGAAAGAAUAUGUAAAUGGUUUGGAGAGUAGAGUGACCUCUUUGGCCGCGGAGAAUCGGAACCUCAGGCAAGAGAACGAGCAUUUGAACAAGAGAGUGGAAGAACUGGAGGACGAGACGAGGUAUCUGAGAGCGGUGUUGGCUAACGAGAGCAUGUUGGCCCAGCUGUUGUCUAGACUCAGCGGUGUGAAUGGCAUGAAAUUGUCUACCUCGCUUUUCCAGGAGCCCAACAAAAACGACCACGAUUACGCCCUGCCGAGGAAAAGGGUGAAGGUGGAAGAGAGGGAGACAUCUGCUGGCGUCUGCCUGCACGUUGACAGGAAUCACGUCUCUGUCGAAUUCUGCACUAAGUGCGCAGAGAGCGCGAACGCGGCUCUUAAAAUGUGGUUGAUCUGCCUUGCUGAAUAUGGGUUACAGAACAUCCGUGACUUCAUGACUCCAUGUGGAUUCUGCUGGGAGAUGCUGAAGAAACGGGACCAGCUGCUGGCAUCUUGGCCUGCUAUAUGUUAAAAGGUAGUAUAAGAUAUGGUGUAAGUGGUCUGCGGCCUUUAUUGGCACUUCCAUCACAUUGCACAUGUUGGAAUGUGAAACUUCACACGUUGUGCAUUACAGGUUUAUGUUGGCUGUACCAUUAGUUGGUGCAACUGAAACCACAAGGCUUUGUAGGGAUUGUAGAAAUAUGCAAAGACAACUUCUUGACUAGAGUCUUUUCCUUGAGUUGAUUAUUCAAGCUGCAGAAUGACAUCCUGAUUUCAUAAAGAACAGUGCGUAACAGAAAUUUGAGCUGAAAUGGUGCACACAGUAUUGCACUUACAUGCUAUGCUGAUGUCCCUGGUCUGCAUGUGUGGGUUCAUUAGUUUGAGGAAUGUGUAUUUAGUAAAAUCUUGUCAGCAAAAACAGUUGAUGUUCAAAGUUUCUUUGAUUUCUUUGUGUUUAAAAUGUAAGCAAUGUUUCAUUUACAUGGUAAUCAUGUUAUACAAUAAACCCCAUUUUGAUCAUCCA